AAAUUGGAGCGGGCCGAUUGCAUCAUGUUUGUUGCUACUCUUUGCUCGGGAUCUUCGUAUGAAAAACUCUGUACGUUCGCAAAAUACAUGGCUUGGUAUCUUAUUUGGGAUGACUUCUUCGAUUGUGGUGCAUUUAAGGACGACCCUCAUGCGGCGUCUCUGUGCCGAAAUACAAAUGUGAAAUAUUUCAAGUACGAUCUUGUUCUGGAAGAUGAAUAUCCAGACUUGCCACAUUUUCCAGUUGAACAGCAAAAAGCAUUGCGUUGCUGGGAUGAAGUCAGGGCCCAUAUUCGUCAGGACUGUGACAGAGAAACUUGCCAGAUCCUUCUCGAAAAGAUGCUAGGAUAUGUUUCCAGUGUUAGCAACGUGGACAGUUUGUUCAGCAGCAGUUCCAUGCCAUUAGUGGAGAGUUACUGGCAACGGAGAGAGCGGACAGCAGCUGUGUACUGUGUUAUAUGCACCUGUCCCUUUGCAUAUGGAUUCAAUAUUACGAGGGCUCACGUGGAGAAUGAGCACAUGUCCCGCAUGUGGAAACAUACAUCUUACUUGGCUCACAUGCAAAAUGAUGAACAGCCGGAGAACCUGAUUCCGGUGCUUAUGGCAAACACAGGACUUGAUGUUAACCAGACAAUGCAGCUCAACCACCAUAUUUGUCGUUUGGAAGUAGAGGGCUUCUGCGCCAAUGCAGAUAGGCUCUGUGUGGGUGAGGAUGCCCAAGGACGCCGUAUUCGGGAAGUCUUCAUCAAUUGCUGUACGGACAUGUUCAUGGGACUCAUACAUUGGAGUUAUGUUAGCAAGCGCUGGAUCAAGCAAACGGACAUCAAUCCUGAUCGAACUAUUAUAUUCCAGGUUGGAUCUACAAGAGGUCCUCGGUUGAACAAUAUUUGACAAUGAUGUGGCUGAACUUGGAAGGCUUGUUGGGCAGACGUGAAGGGCCCUCUGGUCAAAAGGUUAUUGUCAGCUAAACACAUCACUACUAUCAUGCGGGAGUCUAUUUGGCCAAGAGAAGGUUAACCCAGCAAUUUAUACAAUGGAUGAGCGUUCCAAACUUUGGGGAAGCCACUCGCAUUAUCACAGCACAUACCAUGUAUCCCAAGUUGGACCCGCUUUGUAUUACAGAUUUGCG